AUGCACGCCGCCAGCACUGGAAGCAACAGCGGCGGUGCUCUCGGGUCUUCCUCAAACGUUCCCAUUGCAUCAUCCACCACCACCACAAAUGGCAAUGAUAUGAGCUCUUCUGCCUCUUCAAACAUCUCUUCAAUAGCCAGUUCGGAUGAGGAGGAAGUGGUGCUGAGGGUGGAGGAGGAGGAGGAGGAACCGAAGAAGCCAACUUCGCCAGCUGUUACCACAACACAGCUCUUACCUGAAUCUAGUGAUACUCAUAGUGAAAAGGAGGAGGAGGAGGAGGAGGAGAACACCUCAGAUGUUCCUUCAGAGGUAGUCGACGAUGGUCCUCAGGAGGAUCCUGGAAAGGAGGAAGUGGACACCAAAGACGAUAACUCCUCGUCUUCAGCUGUCGCCGCCGCCGUGGUCAUCGAAUCCGCCUCUGCCUCGCCGAAAACUGCCGAGGCGAGCGAGGACAGCGCCAGCACCAUCGUCGGCGACGAUGAAGAGGAGGACGGUGAGGUGAACCAGGAAAAGGAGCCUGCUUCAAAGACCUCGCCAUCACCAUCCUCUGCAAAGGAGUCCGACGAGGAGGAGGAGGAGGAGGAGGUCGAGGUGGAAGUGGAUGAGUCCACCACCACCACCAAA